AUGUCGCUCACGAUGAAUGUAAGUGCCUCCAACUCUUUUGGGUCGAAUCACGGGUGGCACUCACGACAAACUCCUUCGAACGCAACGCUGCGCCGUGCGCGGACGCCUCAGCAGUCAGCGGUGAAGUACGUGGAGGCGUUGGACCAUCUUAGCACGAAGCUGAAGAUCCCCAUCACUGCCGUGGAGCCAACGAAUGCGUUGCAAGAUGAUGGACUUGUGCCGGGCAUUUGUCGCCUGUUUCUUGAAGGCCGCUGCAGGCAAGGCAACCGUUGCUUUCAGGUUCACGUGCAUCAUGAUGUUCUGGAGUAUCUCCGCAAAGAAACGCUUGAGACCCCGUCUUGCUGUUACCUGCAUGGCGCGCCAUGCAAUUAUGAGGGGCUGCCUUUCACGCUAACCGUCAACAUUGGAAGCAAAACCGUUGGGCUGCACUCCCUGAACCCGACAAACUGCCUCUGGAGCAUAUACAACGAGCAUGGAGAGAGUCAACUUACCGUGUCGAAGGGCCGUGUCUGUCGCGAACACCGACGCGGUUUGUGCCGCUUUGGUGAGGAGUGCGGUUUUCUGCACAUUUGUCGAGAGAUCCCGCUUGACGGCGACGAGUACAUCAGCGCAACACCCGUACCUAUUCCACGCGUGCCACACAGGGCAUCUCACUCUGCUGGCGCUCCUGCUUCAGCCGCAAACUACAUAAAUCAUAACAAUGGGGAUGUCGCUGGUGAUAGUCACUCACAACAUGUCUUUGGAUUCCAAGCUGAGGACGCCAACGGGACCGCGCAUUCCCCCAAUGCUAGCAGCUUCAAUGCCUGUAGUUUCAACGGCGGCUAUCCUAAUGUUGCCUUGAACACCCACUACGGCAACUAUAAUAAUCAGUGCACUUCCCUCCUCUAUGGAGAGAGCGGGUGUGGUUCCUUCACAAGUGCGUCUCGUAGCCGUACGUCGUUCAGUUACCGCAUGAAAAAUAUGGCCAGCGGCGACGGCGAGGACGGGGCGGGGCGGGGCCCGUUGCUGCGUCCAUUGGGAGGGGCUGCUCCCUCUCGGGGCUCGACGAGCCAGCGGCACAACCCAUACGGCGAUUCCUCUUCCUUUCAGUAG